AUGCACAAAUUCAUUGGCUAUUCGGCUCGUUUUGGUUCGUUUUCAGCGAAUUGUGGUAAUGGUUGCAAAACAGGAGAAAAAGUGCUGACGUCGAGAGAAAUCUUCGCUCGUGAGGCCAAAUACGGAGCGCACAACUAUGCGCCGCUACCCGUCGCGUUGACGAAAGGAGAAGGAAUCUACGUUUGGGAUGUUGAAGGGAAACGCUACAUCGAUUGCAUUGCUGCCUACUCAGCCGUGAACCAGGGACACUGUCAUCCAAAAUUGGUCAAGCUCAUGCGUGAAGAGUGCGGCAAGUUGACACUAACCUCACGAGCCUUCUACAAUGACUAUUUGGGUGAAUACGCGGAGUUCAUCACGAAAAUGUUCAAGUACGACAAAGUGUUGCCGAUGAAUACGGGUGUCGAGGCUUGCGAAACGGCGGUAAAGCUGGCACGACGAUGGGCCUACGACAAGAAGGGUGUUAAAAAGAAUGAGGCCAGGGUGAUCUUUGCGCGAAACAAUUUUUGGGGUCGCUCAAUCGCUGCCGUUUCCGCGUCAUCUGAUUCGCAAGCUUACGAAGGCUAUGGUCCGUUUUUGCCCGGCUUUCAACAAAUUUCCUACAACGAUUUGCGAGCGCUCGAGAAAGAAGUCGAAAAACCAAACACAGCCGCUUUCAUGGUCGAGCCGAUUCAAGGAGAAGCUGGGGUGAUCGUGCCGACGGAUGGAUAUUUGAAGGCUGUACAAGAGAUUUGCCGAAACAAAAACGUGUUAGUGAUCUUUGACGAGGUGCAAAGUGGCCUGGGACGCACUGGAAAAAUGCUUGCUCAUUACCAUGAGAAGAACGUUCGGCCGGACAUUGUUGUACUCGGGAAAGCGCUCUCGGGAGGAAUGUAUCCGGUUUCGGCAGUGCUUUGCGAUGACGAGAUCAUGCUGAACAUCAAACCCGGACAGCACGGAUCGACUUACGGCGGGAAUCCACUCGGGUGCAAGCUGGCGAAAGCGGCUUUAGAGAUUCUCGUGGACGAGAAGCUGUGCGAGAAUUCGGCAAAGAUGGGCAAUGUGCUGAAGAAAAGAUUGGAAAGAUUGCCAACAAAAAUCGUGAAAGAAGUCCGUGGAAGGGGUCUCUUUUUGGCAAUUGUUAUCGAUCAGAAUGUGUGCAAGGCGUGGGAUGUUUGCUUAAAGCUGAAAGAGAACGGACUUCUUACAAAGAACACUCACGGGGACACGAUUCGCUUCACUCCGCCACUCGUCAUCAAUCAAACACAAAUUAAUGAGGUUGGCGAUAUCGUUGAGAAGACGAUCAAGGGAUUUUUG